AUGGGAGGACGCAAAUUAGCUGUUGAGGUUCUUUGUAGACCGUAUUUACCCACUACCCACAUGCGCCGCCGCUACAGGUGGCCACUACCUGGUCUCCAACCAUAUCCCGACAGCUCUACCAGUGAUGCAGCCAUUCCACAAAGCAGGAGUGAAAGCUCCAAGACUCCAGAUAAACCUGUUGAGAAGAAAAGGAGGUUUAGUAAGGAAGAUGCUACAGCUACAUCCAUUCCUACUUUAGUUGAGAAGCAAACACCUGAUCUAGCUGGGCUAGUUGUUGACGAUAUAUGCAUGGGCGACGGCAAGACGAAAGCUGAUCCUGGAAAAUGGGUUACUGUCCACUAUACUGCAAGGCUUCAUAAAAAUGGGAGGAUUUACUAUUCCACCUGUGGAGGGCAUCCUUAUGAGUUUCGUGUAGGUUGGUAUUAUAACGAGAUUCGAAAAUAAGAGGCUGUAAUAGUAGUCGUCUUUGACUGUUACUUGGAUGCUCAUAUAUGUGCUUUUCGUUGUUGUUGUU